AUGAUUUUUCUGACGCAUUUGACAGGGAAAAAUACCAUAGUGGAGCAUCCAGGGGCCCAUCUCUGCGGCUCCGGGGGGCCGACAGGGAUCACUCCUGCGGAAAUUAUGGACGAUUCCCAUUUCAACUCAUCAUACUUUUGGUCUCCCGUCCCCACAGUACAAGGACAGAUCGAAAGCGCCAUGUUUCUGAACAAGACCAAGGACCAGCUGGGGGCAGAGAAGCCGCCUGCCCCCUCGUUCCCCCACCCCUCCUCAUCUUCCUCCCCUCAUUACCCCACUGCGCUGCUGGCAAUCCCGGGGUCCAGCGAUGGCGUUUCGGGGCUGCGGGUGGUCCCCAAGCAGGAGGGAGGGGCCCCGGCUCUGAACUCACACCUGCACCAGAGUCACACCUCCCAGAAUGUCACCGUCGUGCCUGUCCCCUCCACGGGAAUCAUGACUGCAGCUGGGUUGGUCAUCACAACUCCUCAAGGAACCCUCGUCCCGACCGCCUCCUCUCAGUCGUUUGUGACGGGACAUCCCACCGCCACCACCAUGAUCGUGUCCGCUCUGCACGCCUCCAAUGCAGAUAAGAAGGACGACAUGGCGUUGCCCCCAGCGGUUGUGAUGCCCACUCCGUCAAAGCGUGGGCGGAAAAGCAAAGCCAUGUUGAGCCGCAUGAGCGGGCUCCUGCCUGCGGGCAGCGACGCUCUGAUCCUUGCGCACCUCGCAGCUGGAGGACAGCAUCACGCAGCUGAUCCUUACGACUUGUCCAACGAUGAAGACGAGCACACCAACAAAGACGGCCCCAAAUCCUACAAGUGUCGGAUGUGCGCGGUGACCUUCUUCAGUAAGUCCGACAUGCAGAUUCACGCCAAGUCGCACACGGAGGCCAAGCCCCACAAGUGUCCGCACUGCUCCAAGUCAUUCGCUAACUCCAGCUACCUGUCGCAGCACAUCCGCAUCCACAGCGGAGCCAAGCCGUACAGCUGCACCUACUGCCAGAAGACCUUCAGACAGCUGAGCCACCUGCAGCAGCACACGCGAAACCACACUGAGGCCAAGCCCCACAAGUGUCCGCACUGCUCCAAGUCGUUUGCCAACUCCAGCUACCUGUCGCAGCACCUCCGUAUUCACACCGGAGCCAAGCCGUACAGCUGCGCCUUCUGCCAGAACACAUUCAGGCAGCUCAGCCACCUCCAGCAGCACACACGAAUCCACACGGGUGAUAGACCUUAUAAGUGUAACCAUCCAGGUUGUGAGAAAGCCUUCACCCAGCUCUCAAAUCUCCAGUCUCAUCGUCGGCAGCACAAUAAAGAUAAACCGUACAAGUGCCACAACUGUAACCGUGGUUACACAGAUGCUGCAAGCCUUGAGGUCCACUUGUCGACACACACAGUGAAGCACGCCAAACUGUUCUCCUGCGGCCUCUGCAACCGCUCCUACACCUCUGAAACCUAUUUAAUGAAACACAUGAGGAAGCACAACCCGGACCCUCUGACGGUGGCAGCUACAGUGGCGGCGCAGCAGGCGCAGGGUCUCGGUCCAGGGUCCACAGGCAGAGGGCGGGGCCGUGGCCGGGGCAGAGGGGGUCUGUCUGCACGAGCCAUUCAGCUCCAGAGUCAAACCAGUCCAGCCCAGAACCCAGGACCUCCCGGAGGCUACCAGCAGCAACCUGCAGAGGCCGUGGUGCCGUGUCCCUUUGACCUGCACCAGUACAAGACUGUUGCAGCCAGUGAGAUCCAGUACAAACCAGUGACUGUGGCCGACCUCCCUGUGGUCCACAAAGACCUCUGCCUGACCGUGUCCACCUCAGCCAUUCAGAGAUGGAGAUUUGAGCAGCUGCUUUGA